AUGGUGGGACGAGACCUCCUCAAUAAGCAGUUAGUGUGGGCUAUUGGAAACGGCUUAGCAGUCAAUAUCUGGAACAAUCCAUGGCUGUCCUCAAUAACACAGAAACUACCUUUUGGACCGGCUGUAAAAGAAACAAAGGACCUCACCGUUUCACAUCUUUUCGUACCAAACACAACCAUUUGGAAUAGAGAAAAGAUCGAACACAUCCUGCCUGCUCAUGUAUCAGAGAUCUUGAGCAUAAAGCCGAGCCAGAUGGGUGCACCGGACAAACUGGUAUGGUUGGGCAAAGAUACAGGAAAAUACACGACGAGAACGUGCUACUUUAUAGCUGUGGAGAGGGGAAAAACAGAGGAAGAACAACAGAGCACUACCAGCUUCAAUUGGAUCUCCGACGUAUGGAGGAUGAAUGUGAGCCCCAAACUCAAACUAUUUCUCUGGAAGAGCGCUAACAAAAUCCUUCCGGUGGGGGAGAGACUAACGGAUAGACACAUUCCGGUGAACCCGCAACGCAAACGGUGUGGAGAAGUGGAAACCAUUCCCCACAUGUUCUUUCAAUGUUUUUUUGCUGAACAGGUUUGGCGAUCAGCCCCAUUCGUCGGCUCACUAGAAACGGGAAGCUGGUCUGAGUAUGAGCAAACGUGGGGAAGAAUCAAAGACAAAACUUGUCUACCUCCAUCCGGCAUAACCAAAGGACCCUUAUCUCCCUGGAUUUUAUGGUCCAUCUGGGUUAGCCGGAACAGAUUGAUUUUCGAAGACAAAAGGAGCAAACCAGAGGACACAAUCACAUCAGCGAUUUCAAUGGCAAGAGAAUGGCUCGACGCACAACAAGUAACAUCUCCGCAAAAACAGAGCAACACCCAUCAAAAACAUAACACAACAGUCGGAGUCAUUACAUGUCAAACAGACGCUGCUUGGAAUGUGGAUACCAAAUCAGCUGGCUUAAGCUGGCUAUUCUUGUCACAAGGGACCAUGGCCCUCGAACAAAGCAUUACUUCUUCGUUAGUUGGCUCUCCAAUAAUGGCAAAGGCUUUAGCACUACGAGAGGCAAUAUACGAUUCCUUGGAAAAAGGCUACAAGAAAAUGAGAUUUGAGUCGGACUCAUCUCAACUAAUUAACGUCGUCAAUUCGGCCUUUCGAUCCUGA